AUGGAUGGCGAGACAAAUAUUAGCCCUCCUCCAAAUUCUCAAAUGUUGGUUUCUCAAAAAAAUCAUGGCCCUCUGAGCUCCAUGGAUUUCAAUUUCUUGGUUAGGCCCACGUUGGAUUUCCAUCGCCACGAGUGCCAAACGUCACGUUGCAAAGACAAAGAAGAAGAUGGAGGCCAUUUACAAAGCUCAGAAGAGAAGCAAGAAGACAACUUCGACAUGUUUGUUUCGUCUUUGAAGGUCCAAAUUCCAUCGGCAGGAGAAUUCUGCAGGCUCCUCCAGCAAGACGAUAAUGUUGAUGGCGUUGUGGAUGAUGAAGGGUUGAAGACUCCUACAUCUUUGGAUCACAAAAUCACAGUGAACCUCCAGUGUCCACCUGCGCCAAGAAAACCCAAGUCACUUCCGCUAAAGAAGCGAAAAGGAGCUGGCCACCCCAGAAUUUUACUCCAUCUAUCGAGCGAGAUCGAAUCGCUGUUUCCUCCGGUGGAUGAUCUUCUUGCAGAUGUUCAUGUCGGUGGUAAGAUUAAGAAGAAACUUAGAGUGUAG